GAAACGAAACUUAACAUCCAUAGAAACCAAAGCAAACCGACGUGGAAGCAGUUCCCUCUUUCAGGAGGAAAAUAAAACGCAUUUUGGAACAAAUUGUCUGACGGACGGAACACACAACAAGGAAUGGCCUCUGCUAACACUUCCUGGUUUGAGGUAAACUUUUCAUGUUCCAUCUGUCUGGAUGUGUUCAGCAGCCCGGUUACCACACCAUGUGGACACAACUUCUGCAGAACCUGUAUUACAAAGUUCUGGAAUGAACAAGUCCAGUACAAAUGCCCUAUUUGCAACAAGAUUUUCGACACAAAACCUGAUCCACAGGUCAAUACCCUCUUAUCAGAGCUGGCUGCUCAGUUCAGAACAACCGUACGAGUUAAAGAGCAGCCUUGUGUUGAACCAGCAGAAGUUCCCUGUGACGUCUGUACUGGGACCCAGCUGAAGGCCAUGAAGUCCUGCCUAGUGUGUUUUAUGUCUUUCUGCCAAACCCACCUGGAGCCACAUCAGAGAUUCGCAGUCCUGAAGGGACAUCGGCUGGUCGAGCCUAUGGACCGUCUGGAAGACAGGAUGUGUAAGAAACACAACCGACUUCUGGAGCUCUUCUGCCCGACUGAACAGGUGUGUGUGUGUCAGUUCUGCACAGAGACAGACCACAAGUCCCAUCCUGUUGUACCUCUGAAGGAGGAAUAUGAAGUGAAGACGGCCCAGCUGGGGAAGAUAGAGGCUGAACUUUCGCAGAUGAUCCAGGAGAGGAAACAAAAGAUUAAGGUGGUCAAAGACAGAGUACAACUGAGCAACAAAGAUGCAGACAUAGAGAUAGCCAAUAGUGGGCAGGUCUUCACUGCUCUGAUAGGCUGUGUUGAAAAGUGCCGCGAUGAAUUCAACCAAACGGUUCAAGAGGAACUGAAAUCCACAGAGAAACAAGCUGAAGACCUCAUCAAAGAGCUGGAGCAGGAAAUAGAAGAUCUGACCAAUAGAUGCUCAGAGGUGAAGCAGCUCUCACACACUGAAGACCACCUCCACUUCCUCCAGACCUUCAGAUCCCUGAAGGAUCCUCCACCCACCAGGGACUGGACCACGGUGGAGGUCCGUCCUCCGUCAUACGUAGGGACCUUGAGGAGAUCCCUGGACCUGCUGGAGGAGACACUGAACAUGGAGAUGAAGAAGCUGCAUAAUGCUGUACUGAAGAGGGUCCAGCAGUAUGAAGUAGAUGUGACUCUGGAUCCUGAUGCAGCUAAUCCCUAUCUCAUCCUGUCUGAGGAUGGGAAACAAGUACAUGAUGGAGAUGUGAAGAAGGUACUCCCAGACAACCCUAAGAGAUUUAGACAGUAUGUAUUUGUUCUCACGAGGCAGAGCUUCUCUUCAGGGAGAUUUUACUUUGAGGUCCAGGUUAAAGACAAGACUGCAUGGUGGUUAGGAGUGGUCAGAGAGUCCAUCGACAGAAAAGGUGGGAGCACGUGGACCCCUGAGACGGGUUACUGGAAUCUUCACUACGACAAUGAUGGGUUGGUAUUUAAUGAUGACCCUGCUGUCUGUCUCCCUCUGAGAGCUGAGCUCCAGAAGGUGGGGGUGUUUGUUGAUUAUGAUGAGGGUGUGGUCUCCUUCUAUGAUGUGGAAGCCAGGGAUCAUAUUUACUCUGCUACUGGCUGCACCUUCACUGAGCCUCUCUAUCCAUUCCUCAACCCAUGUCCCUGUGACUAUGAAGGAAGCAACUCUGCCCCCCUGAUCAUCUCACCUGUCAAUCAAACAGACUAGGACAUUUGUUUAAUAAUAAAACAAAGAAGCAACCAAAACAACUAAUGUUGUUUACUGAAUUAGAAUCUCUACUAUGUGAGAUCUGAGAGAACUGCUUUAAUGUCGUACUGCUGACAUUUAACCAGGGGAUGUUCUUUAAGAAUAUAUUCACAGUCGUUGAAUUCCACCCAUUAUAAAUGUUUAAAUUGCACUAUAGAUUUUUUUUACACAUUUAACGCUGUAAAAUUGUUAACAGUUGCAGUUAUAUAGAAGAUAUGAGGAUUAACAUGUUCAGAGGUCUAAUUUGUAAAAAAAUAAUAUUUGUAGUUUUUUUACUUUUUUUUUAAUUUAUUGAACUGUUUUAACUUCGGAAUAGUGAGUGAGAAAGAAACACAAUGUCCUGACACGUUUGUUGAAAAUAAUGUUAAGGUGUAGGCCUACCUACGUUAUCAUUGUAAUAAUAGAUCAUUUAAAACAGAUACAUUCCAGUCCAAUAGUGUUCAGCAGAAUCACUGUCUCAGGGUAAUACAUAAAAUAAAUGUGUUUGUUGCCUAGAACCCUUGUUUUGAUCAUUUUGAGAUUGAUGGAACGUUUUAUAUCAGUAAAGAAUUGUAAAAGUUGGUGAUUGAUGAACAAGUAAAACUUAAUCUCCACCAUACAACCCUUCAUGUAUUUACACACUUAAACAAAGGUCACAGUGACUACAUGUAAAGAUUCUCCCCAUGUGUGUGAGUACCGUGACACUUUCUUGUCUGCUGUCCUCUCCUCUCUUCUCUUCUCCUCCUCUCUCUUAUCUCUGCUCUCCCCUUUAGCUCAUCUAGGACUGUGUUCAUUAUUGGUGUUUGUGUUCCCAUGUCAAAAGUCACCCCAUUUAGAUGAAUCAAAAAUAGAUGAUGUAACUGA